AGGAAGAAAGGGUAGACGUCACAUGAUGGAGAGAUGCAGCCAGCCAGCAGUAGCUGCUUCCCGACUAAUCACACAGCAUUAACGUAAACCAGCUAACUCCACGGGCUAACUUGGACAGCCAUCUGCCUUUCAUUUUCUUAUUCGCUCCGAAUUAAAAAGCCGCGAAGAGCAGAGGGAGAAUUGACGAACGGUGCAAAACGAAGAACAACGUCACCGUCGCGCACGGUUACCUUAGUCCCUUCUUGCAUCCAACUGGAAGCGUCAUUUGACAAAGCAGGGAAGCCCACGGUUGGAAACUCUACCUUGGCUAGCAGCGGGCUAGCCAGCUUGCUAGCUGCUAACAUUGCUAACUGUAGUUAGCUAGCUAGCGAGCUGUGAUAAGUUGCGUCAUGGAGGAGCUUGUAGUGGAAGUGAGAGGGACAAGUGGAGCCUUUUAUAAGGCUUUUGUGAAGGAUGUCCACGAGGGAUCCGUCACUGUGGCAUUUGAAAACAAUUGGCAGCCGGAGCGUCAGAUCCCGUUCCAGGACGUUCGCUUCCCUCCUCCGACAGGCUUCAGCAAAGAGAUAAAUGAGAGCGAUGAAGUUGAGGUGUACUCCAGAGCCAAUGACAAGGAGCCGUGUGGAUGGUGGCUGGCCAAGGUUCGCAUGGUCAAAGGAGAGUUUUACGUGAUCGAGUACGCGGCGUGCGACGCCACGCUGAACGAGAUCGUGACGCUGGAGCGGUUACGGCCGGUCAACCCGAACAAGCCAGCCACCAAAAACACCUUCAUCAAGAUCAGGCUGGAAGUCCCUGAAGACCUGCGACAGAUGUGCUCCAAAGAGUCGGCGCACAAAGACUUCAAGAAGGCCGUCGGCGCGUUCAGCAUCACCUACGACUCUGAGAAAAAGCAGCUGGUCAUCUUGUCGGUGAACGAGGUCACGACAAAGCGGGCCAACAUGAUGAGCGACAUGCACUUCAGGAGCCUCCGCACCAAACUGUCGCUCAUGAUGCGGAACGAGGAGGCCAGCAGGCAGCUGGAGAGUUCCAGACAGCUGGCGUCUCGGUUUCAUGAGCAGUUUGUGGUUCGGGACGACCUGAUGGGUCUGGCCAUCGGGACUCACGGCGCCAACAUUCAGCAGGCGCGAAAAGUCCCUGGAGUCACCAACAUCGACCUGGACGAAGAAACGUGCACCUUCCACAUAUACGGGGAGGAUCAGGAUGCCGUCCGAAUAGCUAGGAGCUACCUGGAGUUUUCCGAAGAUAUCAUCAAAGUUCCCCGAAACUUAGUCGGAAAAGUGAUCGGAAAGAACGGCAAGCUGAUCCAGGAAGUGGUGGAUAAGUCCGGUGUGGUGAGGGUUCGAAUCGAGCCGGAGAACGACAAGAAGCCCUCGGCGGCGGCGGCGGCAGCAGCAGAUGAGGGAAUGGUGCCAUUUGUGUUUGUGGGGACCAAGGAAAGUAUUUCCAAUGCAACAGUGCUCCUGGACUAUCACCUCAAUUACCUAAAGGAGGUGGACCAGCUGCGCUUGGAGCGCCUUCAGAUUGACGAGCAGCUGCGACAGAUAGGGGGCGGGGGCGGAGGGGGAGGGACAGGCCCCCGAAACCCCAAAGACAAAUCCUACGUGUUCGAUAACGGGAUGGGAAUGGGGAUGGGCAGAGGAGCAGGAGGUGGGAAGCCCUACGUGGGAGGAAGAGGCGGACGGGGCCGGAGAGGGGGCGGGGCGGCGUUCGCCUCAGGCACCAACUCGGAGGCGUCCAACGCUUCGGAGACGGAGUCGGACCACCGAGAGGAGCUGAGCGACUGGUCCCUGGCUCCCACCGAGGAGAUGAUGACAGGAGGCGGGUCCCUGCCCAGGCGGACAGACGGCAGGAAACGACCCGGAGGGGGGGGCCUGAGAGGCCGCGGGGGCAGAGGGAGAGGAGGGGGAGGGUAUAAAGGUGAUGACAUGCAGUGGGGCGAGCCAAGACCUCGUCAUGUAAGGGACCCGAAGCCUCGAGGCCAGGAAGACACACUGCAGAUCCGUGUGGACGGAAACAACGAGCGCAGCGUGCAGCACUCAUCAGGCGGCCGAGGAGGAGGAGGAGCAGGAGGAGGACCUUCUUCAUCCCAGAGUGGCAUCGCCGUCUGCGGGGACGGCCAGUCCCGCCAUCACCAUCAGAGACCCCUGAGAGACCGGGGCAUGAAGAAGGACAAACAGGACGCUCCGGCGCUGGUGAACGGAGUGUCGUAGACGCACCCACAUAGAACCUUCUCUCUCUCACACACACACACACACACACACGCAGGCAACUUUUCAUACACCAUCUUAUAGUCUCUGGCGUGUUUUAUUUGUAUUUUUUCUUGGUCUUUUUCUCAUCUUUGUCGCACACAAGAGGACACGCAUUUCUGAUGCGAAGAAACGAUUGGAAACGAUUAGCGAAGUCUCGAUCCGUUCCCGCCUGCUGUUGUCUCCUGUUCCUCUCUGGACUGUUUUGAAACAAGAGGAAAAGAAGAAGAAGUUCCUCUGUGACAGAAGGGUUAGCUGAGGGGGAAAAAAAACCCCUCCCAUUUCACUCGUCAACACCACAAGUAUGUUUCUUUUUUUUUUUCUCCUUCGGUCCCAUUCGUGCUUACUCGCACGAGAAAACAGGAACGACAGCGGCGGCAGAAAUCUGUGAAAACAAUUUCAUCCUUUUGGCAAAAAGUUUCAACGUUCUUAAGUCUUACAGAUGAUCGCAGACUUCCCUGUGUCCAAACAUGCCCCCCACCCCACUGGUACAGAAACACGUUUUGCUUCUCUAAAACUCCCAAAAUUCAACAUUUUCAAAGUCACCCAAAACCAGCUUUCUACAACAAACCUGUUCAACAACAACAACAAAAAAAAAGAAGUAGCAAAUCUGAUAUUUUUUUUUGUGUCCAUGUAGGAAGACGUUUGGUUGUGGGGAAAAUUGUUUGCAGAUGGCACUUUACUUUUAUUUUCUACCUUUUUUUUCCCCACACUGAAAUGCAAACAGGUAGGCACUCCUAAAAGCAACGCUCUACAUCACGCUGUUAUUUAAAAAGGCCUUUGUUUGGUUUGAUGCCUCAAUAUUGGACCCCGUCUCUUCUGAGGCAUACAGACUUAAACCUGAGGCCAGCUGGUGUGAAAUAUCUGUUCUAUUUUGGGUUUUUUUUUUUGUUUAUUUUUUAUUUUUUAAAACAAAUUAAAACUCAGCAGCAACUUCCAAAAGUCUAGGUUUGUACUACGUCGAUGUCAACUGUCAUUUUGUAAAAAAAAAAAAAAAUAAAUAAAAUAAACGCUCCAACUCUCUUGUGAGCAGAUUGCUGAUACAAUGGGAGAAAGGUUUAAAAAAACAAAAAAAACAACAACUGACUCAUGGCUCCAGCCUGUAAAAUAAAAGAUUGAUGCUCGUUUACGGAUUCAUGGCAGCACGCCUGCACUGGUUUUAGACGAAACUGCACUGAGUCACAGGGUGGUACUAAAGAGCUGUCGGGUGAAGACUCCUAACCUGCAUUUUACUUUGGUUUCCGGCUCUUUUUACUGACAUUAAAAGAGUCCAUUUAAGUGGAGGGCAGAUGAAAUAGCUCAAACAGGACAGUUCUCCUGUUUAAUUUAUUAAUUCGUCAAGUCUUUUCAUUUAUAAAACAUAUUUGUCUAACUGUAGAUGAGAUAUCAGUUGUUUUUGGUUGAGGUUUUACUCCCUCCCACCUCCUGUUCUGCUUGUCCAACAUAUUUGUGAUCCAUCCCUUUCCUGUUUACCUUUUUUCUUCAAAAUCACAUUUUGGCUGCAUCUUAUAAACGAGACAUUUCCCUACAGCUACGAGAGUCAGUGAAGCGGUCAUUAUGUGCCUGUAGUUUUUUAUUUUCCAUAAACUGUGCGAGCUUCUCGUUUUUCAGUCACCAUGGGGCUCCUUUAUGUUUGUGCCUUGGGUUUAUGUUCCUCCUUGUCUGUAAAUUUAGCAAAUUUUAAAGGAAACCGUCAUCAGCGUAACGACGUAUAAUGGAGAUUCUUUGAUUCUUCAUGGGAGAAAUAGCUGUUUUAAAAGUUAAAGUCCCUGAGGUUUUUUUGUUUAGUUUUUUGGUACUAUUUACAUAAUGGAGGUCAAAACAAUACGACGGGUGUGAACUGUAAUCAUGACGCAUUUUACAUUUGUAUUCAUCGGUUUCUGGGGAUUUUCUUGCAUGGAAGAGAGCAUUUUGGUUUAGCUGGGGAAGAAAGCCUUAAAAGUUGAUUUACUAUCGUUUUAUUCUAUUAAUGUUCUCAAUUCAAACCAACUAGAGAUCUAGAGAGGUGUUGUGAUUUAGGAGACAAAAUGACUAAGAUUAGGUUUAUCAAUGAAUCCGUAGACUUUCUUAACACUCAAGUCUCCUUUUUCGAGAGAAGCUGCGUUUCCAUUAAAGAUGUGCGCAGAAAAAAACGCAUAUGAAAUUGUGAAUAAGCUUGUUCGUCCAAUAAGUCAUUAAACAUACCGCGCUGUCAUCCUCAAAUACUUCCUGUCGUUUUCUUCUUCUUGGUUUUUGCCAGUGGUAAAAGCUGGUUGUUGGUCACAUGACUUGUGUGAUGCAAAAAAAACCAAACAGCAUUUCCAUUGCAGUUUUGCGCCAAAACUAUUUUGAUCAAAUUAAAAACAAACAAAAAAAACUUUUUACCGAAAACCAUGUUUUUUUCAAAAUUGACGUUUCCAAUUAAGUGAAUUUAUUUUUGAAAUGCACCAUUUUAUAAUCAGUGGAAACGCAGCUAUUGAAGAAUAUGUUGAAAUUUGUCAAGAUUUGCAUACUUGUAUGUUGGGAUGGUUUUAAAAAUAGUCAAAUGUAGGUAAAGCUAAUAGUGAAGCAAAGACGGACGUGACAAAACCUUCAUAUUACCAACGCUACACAUCUAAAGUUUCUUGUGGCCUGCUUCACAAAUCCUACUAGAAACAAAACCUUUGACACAAUUCUUGAAAAGAAGCAAACCUUUCUAAAGGAACGCCUGAUUUACUUUUCUUUAAGAACUUUGACAGCUCAGUGCGUAGGGGAAACCUUAAUUUUAAUUUUGGGACACGUGCCUUCGAUUAUGGCUAGCAUCACAACCUAGAUGUAUAAAUCAGGGAUGGAGGAUAAUUCAGUGUCUCAAGAUGGUAAAAAUAAUAAAAAAAAACAACUCACUUGUCUUGAGCUCUCAAAGCUUCGGCUGAAGUCUGACUGCAAAGAAGUAAAGGUUCAUGAGUCUGGUGGUUUCAGCGCUUAAGGACGGUGGCUGCUGUCAGCGCCGGACCUCUACGUGUUGCAUCUAUAGCGUCAGACUGAAGCCUGACGGCUCAUCUGUGAAAUUCUGUGCAGGCCUCGAGCGGCCACUCGGGCCUCGCACAGGCACCCUUUUUUAAAGUUUCAUUUUUGGGUGUGAAGCGGCAAGUGAACCUGCUCCUAAUGCCGCUUUAACACCUGAUAAAUGAACCGAAGAGCUGGCUGUGAUUAGGCCAGGUUCCUUCUUUUUUUUUUCCUUUAAUUGCAUGAACAUCUUUCUUCUGGACUUUAAAGACAUUCAGUAGAGUUUUACAUAAUUUUUUGAAAUAGGUGUCAUAGCCAGUCAUGAGCUGAAAACGUACACCGUAGAGUCAGUGACACGUAGAACUUUAUAUAACAUUUUAGAAAGUGGUGACAUAAGUAAUAAAUGAUGAAACAAGUUGUUUAGAAGUCUUUUUUUUUUUACCCCCUUUUUAAUUAUGAUGUAUGUUAAUUACUCCAUCACUAAUAUGUUAAGACUUUGCUUUCACAUGUUUACACUGUAGCCAUGUUGCAUUUAGAUUCUCUGGUACGGAUUCCAACCAGCUCAUCAACCAAUGGUUCCAGUGAAAGUAACCGAUGUAUCGUCGGUAGAGCAUCUGCGUUUUGUUUAACAAAAAGACAACAAAAAAAAAGAAACAAGAAGGGAGGGUGGCAUAUUGUAUAUAAUGAUGUCAUUAUUUGUUUAGGAAAAGAUUUGUACAAUUGUUUAAAAUGCUCUCUUAUGCUAUUUUUUUGUUUUGUUUUUGUUUAAUAUCGGGCUAAAUGCUAGAACUCUUCAGAAUAAACUCAAUGCUGUGCAGUCAAGUAGGAUUUGGUUGAAAUACAGUGGAUAUGAACAGCUUUGCAGAGGGAGUUGGUUUUCAUUUGACAACAUAAAAGUCUACCCAAAACUGAAUAAAAUACUGAACCCACUCAGGGAAUUUGACCCAAUGAUUGAUGGAAACUGUAUGACGAUGACGGCAUUAAAGUAAAUGUCAAGAAUUCAUGAACGCUUUAGAUUCUCUGUUGCCCCCAAAUCUGCGACUGUUGUAGUGAUUAGUAAAAUAAACAUUUCUGGGCCAUUUUAUACAUAAGUUGGCAAAUUUUGUGGGUUCUGAUUGGUUAGUCCCCUCGUCAUUUCAUACCUUUAGAGUUUUGAUUGUCUUCUACAUGAGGUUUUUUUGGGGUUAUUUGGGGAGAUUUGGGUGCCAAAUGGUGUUUUAUACCAGCUAAACCUUCAGCUUAUACUCACUUUGACAAAAUAAAUUUUAAGAAACUCUCCGUUAUCUUCUCAAAGUCUACUGCAAUGAAAUGUAGAGGAAUCACCCCAAGAAAUACGUACCAGCCAGAUGUGAGGUGUUUUUGUUUAUUUUUAUUUUUAUCACUAUAGUUCAUAAAAAUGUCUAUCAAAAAAAUUCUGACAACGCAAUGAUUUUAAUACUCGGGUACAGAAUGUUAGACGUGACAAAAUGGCGUCGCCGGGGUAUGAAAUGAUAUGACUUGGCGAUGGGGCUAAUAUUUUAUUUUUUUAGCGAUGGGGCUAAUUGAUCUGGGUCUGGAUUUCAUGACUCCCUUUGAUGUUUUAUGGUCUGCAGGAGCUUUUUCUCAUUCUAGAUUUAGAAAGAAAGAAUAGUUUGGCUGUUGAGCUCAUGACCCGUCGUGUUGCGUUUGGGAACAGUCAUGAACAACUCUGAAAUUAGAAGGAAAAAGAAGAAGCUACAUGCUUGCGUGUUCUAGCUAAGGUGUUGCUAAUUUCGGAGCAGCUAUGACAAAGAAGGUUAGCUUUGCUUAAACUCAUGAAACUCGUUUUGAAUUGCUUCAAAGUGUAAAAACAUCCUGGUAAACACCACAUUUUUAACUUUGUUGUUUAUUCUGAGCUAUAGCUGAACAUAGAGAGUGAUAGUAGAGGUCUAUUUUAACUGAAGAUACACUAUGUGUGAUUGUUAGCCAUGUCUGCAGUCUACACUAGCAUCUCCCUAGUGCUAAUAUAAAGGGUCUUCAGCCUUGAAGAAAACACUUGAGGCUAACCUGAAGCAAGUAUUAUGUCCUACAGUAUGUCGACAUGCAUAAUGUUGUAUGAUGGAUUCUCCCUUUAAUUCCUAGCUAAAAGUGAACCCUGAGAUUUUCUUGCUCUCUACUUGUACAGAUAAAGAAAUAAUAACCAGCCUAUUUUUGUCAUUUACAAAUACCCUAGGUAUUUUUUCAACAACAAAAACUGUUACUUACCCUUUUAGUGCUGCCAGGCAGACUUAUCUCCCACAGGAUAGAUGGUACACACUGAUCUAGUUGGGGUUUUUGUUUUAGACAGUGUUGUAAAUGUUUCAGAGACCUUCUUCAUUUUAGCGCUGUUGUCGCACCAGAUUGGAGGAAACUCCCUUCACCUCUGGUUGUGCGUUGUUGUUUUAUGGAGCCUCCGGGUUCAGGUGGGGUGUGUUUUGUUGGGGUUUUUUUUUUACCUCCGGGAGAGUGAAUUAGUUCUGUGGGGAAGAAAAGCUGAAACAUAUUUCAGUGUUUGGGUUGGAUUAUUAGGGAGAUCACUAACCAACUGUACUGCUGAACAAGACCAAUGUAUGUAAAUAACUAUAAAACACUAAAGUGAAAGAAGACUGUUGCAUGCUGACCCGGUUGAGGUCACUGAGGAAAUGUUGCUUUGGAAGCAUUUUAACCAACUGGUGGUGAUGUAGUUAACUAGUAACCUGGCAUUUAAGCAACUCACCUGAGAUCAGUAGAGCUCAUUUCAUGGCAUGAAGCUCAUCUCGGUGGGUGAACUAUCAAGAACUUCGACUUAUGCUGAGAUGCAUGAACAGAAUUGGUUGCGGCCACUCACGUGGCUCUUGAACCGUUUGGGAUCCCAAAAUGGAAGUGGGCUGCUAAGUGACACCAUUUAAGACGUAACCACGCAACGUUUUCUACAUGGGAACCUAUGAAUAUGAAUUCCAAUACAACUGUUCAAACCAUGAUGAUGGAUUUGUUUAAGGAGCAAUCCUUCUGAAACUUCAAUCACUGUAAACCCACUUGUGUCUCACCUAGAAAUGUCUUUGUAAGCCAGUGGAAGCGAACGUUGGGUCUUGAAGCCUGCCUUCAACAUUUAGAUUGUUUUGACAGAGAAUUGGGCAAAAAGUAGAAAUACAUCUGAUUGGAAGUAUGUACUUUACAGAUUAGCGGAGAGUCUAUGUCUGUGGCUAAAGGGUGUAGGAGUGCAUGUGAUUGUCACAUUGAGUGCUGUCCUGACUAUAGACAAGAACUGACUUAGUUUGGGAAGGUUUUGUUUAUUUAAUCUGUACACAGUGGAGUCGGACCAAAUGCUGAAAGGUCCUGCUUUGUUCUGACUUCACUUUGAACAUCAAAUUUGGUAUGAAUGUCAAGACAUUUAAAGAUACUUAUGAACCGCCAUUAAUCCCAUUGCGGUUCGUCUUGGGCUAAAACAAGGUCUAUCCAAAUUGUGUUUUUUAUUGUUGGCUCAGAUGUCAGAUAGCAGUAAUUUGUAGAAGGUAAUGUUGAAGACUACUAGGUGUUCACACUAUGGGCUAUUCAACUAUAGAUUGCCAGAAAGUGACGACUUGCAGAGCAUCUGUAGAUACUUAAACCAGGGUAAUUCAAAAAGCUGUUAAACCUUGUGUGCACUUUUUGGGCAUUUUAAUCUUUGUUUUCUCUUUUUGUACAUACUACCUGCAUUUAAGAUGUUUGGGUGGACAUGUCUGGUUAUAGUGCAAUAUAUUUUGUAUGCAAGCAGUUUCAAUAAAUAAAGUUUGAUCUUC